AAAACUUAUCUAACCAGACCAUCAAUAUUCUCUUUCUUAUUGUCAACAUUUAAACGCUCAUUAAUCAUAAUAAUCCACACUUUUGGUGAUAUAAAAAUAACUUUCAUCUUCCUUAAAUCACAGAGGGUAUAAAUGUACAUAAAAUUGCCAAGAAUCAUUGUAUUGCUAAUUGGUGCAGAGAAUAUUUCUUAAAUUCAUAGAACUAUCCAUUGGUUCGAUCAAUUAUGUUUAUGCUAGAUCAAUUAUGUUUAUGCUAAAUCAACUUAUCUUUGUACCUUACUGUUUUCGAUAUCUGAAAUGGUUUGUGUUGUGGUAACAUCCUACUAUUAAAUAUUCGUAGUCUUUUGAGUAUACUCUUGAUAUAAGUUAUGAUGAUUAAUCAAUAAUUAUUGAUUGUCUGUUAUGUCUAUCAUAUGCAUAUGUUCAAAAUUUCCUGCAUAUAUUAUACCCACUUAUUAUUGUUCAAUUAUUUAAUCUACUUCCGUUUCCAGAACUUAGGUUUGUAAAUUCUCAAUGUAAGACUUUAUACCUCGAUUUGUAAAUCAUGAUACUCAAAUUUAUUAUCUUAUACAAUGUGAAGUAACUUUUAGCUAAUGCCGAAAUAUGUUAACUCUCAAUGUAAUACAUUAUGUCUCGAUUUGUCCACCAAUACAUCUAUUUAAGUAAUCGAUAGGGUGCAUCUACAACACAUUGCGAGCACAUGAAACGUUGUACCACUUGAAUAGUAGAUUUAUUAUUUUAAAAUAAUUAAUAUGUAAAUUAAAUUUAAAAAUUAUUAGAAACAUUGUACUAUGUUUUAUAACCUAAUAGUGGAAGUGUUAAUAAUUAAAAUGAAGAAAAGUUCUUCCUGAACACAUAACUCUACUCACGGAUAGAAUUUAUUUUUUUUAUAAUUUCCUGCCAGUUUUUGUUUUCUGAUUAAUAUCUUUGUUCGAAGACUUCAAGCUUCGCUCUUUCGAUUCAUGUUGAUUGACAGAAGACCUAGCUAGUAGACAUCAAAUUUCAAAGUCGUGAAAUAGCCAACUUUGAUCUCUGUACAUCAUAUGUGGUGGUUAAUCAUGGAGUUAGAGAGAGAGAUGGGGAUAGAAAUGAAGGCAACCCACAGCUGGCCACAAGUUAACUUUCGAAGAACUUGACCAAUUGUCCUUUGGAAAAAGGAACGAAGAUGGAUAGAAAGAGAGAUAGAAACAGUUGGGGAAGAAAACGAGUGGGAUAAGGAUGGUGACCUUAGAUAGGGGAGAAGAGCCAAACCAUAAGGAAAAAAAGGGCAAGGGACCCAAUCCAACCAAGACUUACGUAAGGUGCCACUUCAGAAUUGGAGCCAUCGUUUAAGGAAGGCCACACACCUACACAUUCCAACAUAACCCUGGAUCUUGAUUUUCAGAUUUUGACACAACCCCAUGAUUGGAAGAACAGGCGCCCACCACCAUCACCAUCAGAAAAAUCAUGUCAAAUUACAGGAAUGGUCACUAAAGUUUGAGAUUAGUUACUAACGAAUCCGUCACUGGAAGGUCGACUUUGGUUCUUGAGGAGACUGCGUCAUUAACGUUUGGAAUCACUAAUUAAGUACUAAUAUAAAAUUGAUUAGUUAUAGGUUACGUUCUUCAUUCAAAUCGAAAAACAUAAUAGGAGCGAGAUUCGGUGAUUGAUAUGUAUGAUGUAUCGGGGUAUUUCAGGUAGGGGGGACGGGGGUUACCGGGUUAUGUUGGUUUAAGCUUUCGGGUUAUUAAGUUGAGAUUUUGUUUAGGUACUUGGUUUUUAUUUGGACCGAUUUGAAACGUGUUAUCAGGUAAGGUAAUUAGCGACUUUGUGCCCUUUUCAUCGUCAAGCAAUGUGAUUUGAGAUCUUUAUUCAGACAACAUGGGGAAGAAGCUAACGGGGACAAAAUAGCGUGAUCGUUCCGUUAGUUGUUUAUAUUACACAAGUGACUGUUUUUUUUAUAUAGAAAUUUCAGUAUUAAGUGACUGAUUAGUGAUGGCUCCGAAGUUUAGUGACCAUUCAUGGAAUUGACCCCAAAACAUCAAUGUAAUGAAUUUGCUCCUUGAAAUUUAUGCAUAUAUAUGCCUUUGCCAAUUUGAAAUUAAAGCCAUACAUAUCAUGAUAUAACUAGGGACCAUAGUCUUUUAUUAGUGCUUUUGUUGGGUGGUUGUCUAACUUCUAACAUAUGGACCAGAACUACUUACUCCCCACCACAAUAGUAGACAUGCGAUUUUUUUUGAAAAAAUUGGUGCAUUGUAAUAAUUUAUAGCAUUUCAUCUCAUGAUCAAGUGAAUAGCACGUACAAGAGCUACCUAACAACAAUGGAGUACUAAGCAUGCAUAGAUUAUACUAAUGUCAAAAUUAAUGCAUAAAAUAUUUACGAUCAAGAUGACACAAGUUCAGCAACAACAAUAACACCAUCUAUUUGCUAGAAUAAUUCCUGAUGGUGUUUGUGAUUUUUAUCAAACCUUACAAAAAUCCAUUUCCCACUUUGAAAAUGUGUGGACAUAAGUAUGUAAACUCAAUUUUUUCCAUAAAUACACAAGCACAAAUUGGUACAACUACCAUACAAUAUCCUCAGCGCCUUCGUCUUCGUGGCCAUAACACUAAAAAUGAACACUUUUUAGUCUUUAUUCGACCAAAUAUCACACAUAUUGAUUACCGAUUCAACCAUUGCUAUUUUUUGUCAAUGAAAAUCCUGAUUUCAAGCGUGAAAACAUUAAAAAUAACUUCCUAAUCAUUAGUUGAUCUACCACAUGUCCAACUUUGGAUGGAAUGCCAAUACCUAUAAAUUCCUAUUGAUAUGAUGGUUUUUACCAUAAGAACAACAAUAACACAAACAAACAAUAAUCUUUGUGUACUAUUUCUUGAGCUUCAAAAAAAAAAACAUCCUACCCUUCAACAUGAACAAUUCCCAGAACGCCAGUUACCAAGCUGGCCAGGCUAAGGGCCAGGCUCAGGAGAAAGCUAGUGGGAUGAUGGAGAAAGCCAGCAAUGUUGCUCAAUCCACCAAGGAAUCUUUACAAGAGACUGGUGGUCAAAUGCAGGCAAAAGCACAAGGAGCAGCUGAGGCUACCAAGGAUGCCCUUGGAAUGAAGAAAUGAAGGCUGAAGAGAUUUCAAAAGUUACCCUAUAACUAAUUAAAUAGUAGUCCACAAUGUAAUGAAAUAGUAUUGAAAUUUUGGGUUAUUACCUUCUAAGAAGAGUAACCAUAAAAUUUUCACAAAUUAAUAAGCUUUGAUGAUCAAGAGUACUGUACUUGUCUUUGAUAUCAUAAAAUAUAAUUCAUACUAGUAUAUUUAUCGCCAAGUUUAAUCGUGUUAUCAAAGUAUCUACAUUGAUGUCACCGCAUCUUAUUUCACUCUUAUUAUAACAUUCAUAUCGUUCUCACGUAUAUCGAACAAAGUUUAAUGGAGGAAUCCAGACUUACAACUAAUGAGAACAGAUGUUUCAUCGUCAGUUCAUCAUGAUGAGAAAAAGAUGAACAAGAAGGGAUUGCAGGGGAAUAUAAUCUUGUGCAGAUUGUAUAGCGCUUAUAAAUUUUUUGAUUUUAGAUAUUUGAUCUGGUGCUAUUUAAAAGUCGGCGAGUGUUAUUUGAUAAUAGGAUUUUGUGUAGUUAGAAAAAUAAUCUAGAUGAACAUAUGCAAUCACUCAAUUUAGCAUACAAUUAUAUUAUUAUUGAUGGAGUUGUCAAGUUAAAAAGCCUUCUAGUACAAUUGGCAUUUGUAAUGAACGAAAACAACAAUUUAUUAGCCAAACAUUUCAAGCUUUUCAAAAUAUAAGCCAAAACUUUCCAAAUAAAAAAUAGUAGCCAAAUCUUUUGCAACACAUCAAAAUAUUAGCCAUUUGUUUGUUAUCCUUGGUAUUUUUGUAACUAUUUUCUUAAUUGAAAUACUAAAAUUUUAGAAUAUUGGCUACCACGUGUCUCUUCCAAGUCAAUAUUACUAACAAAACUGUUAACAGUUUGUUAACAUUUGACUAAUACUUUGUAUUUUGAAAAUUUGGCUAAUAAUUCAAAAACUUCGAAAAGGUUUAGCUAAUAAAUUUUGUUUACCCAAAAAAAUUUAUUUACAAUAUCGUAUUCUAUUCAAAAUGCAGUCCAGUGGUCUAUUAUAUCCUGGAUCCGCCGCUGAGAUUACUACGACUAGCCUUACUUAACAUCUCAAGUUCACCUGCUUCUCCCCUUGAUUAUUAUAUUUAAUUCACUUAUGUCUAUCUAGCCAACUAGUAUAGAUUUAUUCGGAUAGCAUAAACGCGGAGUUCAAAUGUACAAUAUACGUUUAAACGUUUAAGUAAGAAAAUAAUAUCUAAAUCUUGUAUUAAUCGUACUUUGUGACAUGAUACUAUAUCCCUCGUAGAUCAUUGGUAAGGAAGCAUCAACGCUUCGACCCUCACUCAUGCUAUAAAGACUUAGGGGGUCCUUGUGCUUCAGGACCCCAUAGUAACAAUAAAGAAUGUGCUAAACUAUUAGCAGGAGUAGAAACUGAAUAAUCAAAAAAGGAAAGUCUUCAAUUGGAACAUGAAAACGUGACUGAAUUUGUCCUAGUUACUCUUCGGGACGGAGGGCUCAUAAUAAACCUUCGGUCGAAUAUAUUCCCUAAUUCUUAACAAUUAUCAUAUAUGUCUUAAUUCUCUAAAUAUUGUACAGUAAGAUUAACUUAAUUGAAAAUAAUAAUCGACAAUUAUGAUUCAUCGAAAUACAUGUGAUGCAACAAACUACAUGUACCAUCUUAGGGAUAUGAUCUAGAUAAUUAGGACCUAUGGUUCACUUAUUAAAGGCUAGGUGUUAAUUAAUAUAUAUAUCAUGUUCCAAAUUUCGGUUAACUCGAGACCUAAAUAGCAUUUUCUUACUAAAACUAUACAGUAUUGUAGAUUUACUCCGAGUAUGAUGGCAGUCACGGUAUAUUAACCUAAUGGCAUUUAAGGAUAAUAUUCGCAAAAUCGAGCAAUAGUAGUAAUGAAAAACCAGCUCAAGG